CGGACACUUUUCUUUAGCCACUCUGCGGAACAAAUUUACUGCGGACGUGUGUUCGCCCAUACUGGUUCCGGGUUCAACAUCCUGAUAGCUAACGUUAGCUGAAACACAAUCUUCUCUACGCUUUAAGCUACAUAGUGGAUUAAAGAAAUCCCGGAACAACAUGGAUGGUGAAGAGAGAACCUAUGGUGGCUGCGAAGGGCCAGAUGCCAUGUAUGUGAAGCUGAUCUCGUCUGAUGGCCACGAGUUCAUUGUGAAACGAGAACAUGCCUUGACAUCUGGGACUAUCAAAGCCAUGUUAAGUGGGCCAGGACAAUUUGCUGAGAAUGAAACCAACGAAGUGAAUUUCAGAGAGAUUCCAUCUCAUGUCCUCUCCAAGGUCUGCAUGUAUUUCACCUACAAGGUCCGUUACACCAACAGCUCCACAGAAAUACCCGAAUUCCCCAUCGCACCGGAGAUCGCACUGGAACUACUCAUGGCUGCAAACUUUUUGGAUUGCUAAAGUUACAAAGAUAAUGGAAAAAAAGCUUAAAACAUUUUUAGUUUCUUUUUGUUUUCUUUUUUUGAGUAUUUAACUUGUUUUGCUAUUCACUUCAUAUGAAAAGAAAAUGAUCCUUUUUCUUUGGUUUGCUGUUAUUUCAUUAGUAUUAAAAGAUGUCAUUUUAACAUGUUAAAUGGAUAUAGCAGAAUGUGACAAAUGUGCCCCCCCCCCCCCGAAAUCUCUCCUCACCUCACCAUCUUAAUAAAGACGUAUUUGGUGAGCACUUUGUUUCCAGUUUUUGGUACCUUGUGCCUCAUGAAAUGAAAUACCAUUUCCACAAUGAACAUGCUUCCUAUUUUUAUUCUUUUUUUUUUAAGUUAAAAAAAAAAAGAUAUUUGAGAUAAAGGCAACAGUGGGGAUGUUGUAUACACUAAAAUAGAUAAUUCACUGGGGUUUUUUUCACAUCAGUAGUUGGAGGGGGUUUAAAGGGAUUACUCUUUAUACUGAUCAGAUAGGGAUGUUUGGAAAAUGAAUGAACCUCAGAUGUGUGUAAUUUAAUUAGCAUGGCAAUGCUGAAAUAAAAAUGUGUAUUGAAUCUGAAAA